CAAAAUAUCACUUGAUAUUAAUGCGCGAUUAUUGCUUGAAAUGUGAGCUAGUGUGUCCCGAAGAAAAAACAGUAAAGUGUCUUGGCUGGCAAGACUCAGAUCGACCGCUUCAUCACUUUCCAAAACCCUUACGGUAAUCCCAAAGUGCCAUCUGUGAACCAAUUACUCAACUACGAUAUGAUAAAAUCCUAUUAUUGUUUCCAAUUUUGAUAAAAUGUGCCAAUUUCGCAGCGAUCAAACUAAAAGAUCAGCGUAGGAGAUAAUAAAGACGCUACUCCGUGUAUCACUCAUCCUUUUGGUGUCGUGGCAGAGAUCACUGAUGAUAAAUUACUACCAAAACAGGAGCGGAAACGUCUUCGAUUUGUUGAAUCGUGUGAAACUCUUAAAAUUAGCAGAUAUGCUGUACAAUCUCUGUGACCUUGAUUGACGACCCCAGUUGGUCGGACGGAUGGUCGAGUAGCGGAAUACUUUGAAUGGGCAAAGAAGGUGAUUGACGCAGUGCGAGAUCUAUGUUAGAUGUUUCAAAGAAGUGGACUUGUAUUGGCCUAAUUAUUGUGCCCCUUUGAGCACUAGGAUGGCACCAAAAUCAUCCCUUACUUGUGUACAAUGCGAGAAAUCGUUUUUGACCAAGCAAAGUCUUAUCAGACAUAUUUGCAUUCAUACAGGAGAAAAACCAUUCCAAUGCCAAUAUUGUGAGAAAUCAUUUUCAGGUAAGAGGAAUCUUUUGUCUCAUAAACGUAUUCAUACUGGAGAAAAACCAUUGAGAUGUCUGCUAUGUGAGAAAUCAUUUGUAACCAAGCAAAAGCUUAUACAACACAUAUGCCUUCACACUGGAGGAAAACCAUUCCAAUGCAAAUAUUGUGAGAAAUCAUUUUUACAGAAGAGACAUCUAUUGACUCAUGGACGUAUUCACACUGGAGAAAAACCAUUCAAGUGCAAGUAUUGUGAGAAACAAUUUUCACAGAAUGGACAUCUAUUGACUCAUGAGCGUAUCCACACAGGAGAAAAGCCACACAAAUGCAAAUAUUGUGAGAAAUCGUUUUCACAGACGGGAUGUCUAGUGACUCAUGAACGUCGUGUUCACACUGGAGAAAAACGAUUCAGAUGUGUGCAAUGUGAGAAAUCAUUUGUCACUAGGCAAAAGCUUGUAAUGCAUAUUCGUAAGCACACAGGAGAAAAACCAUUCCAGUGCAAAUAUUGUGAGAAAUCGUUUUCACGGAGUGACAGUCUAUUGACGCAUGAGCGUAUUCACACAGGAGAAAAACCAUUCAAAUGCAAAUAUUGUGGGAAAUCAUUUUCAGGGAAGAGGAAUAUUUUGAAUCAUGAACGUGUUCACACUGGAGAAAAACCAUUCAGAUGUGUACAAUGUGAGAAAUCAUUUGUAACUAAGCAAGUGCUUGUAAUGCAUAUUCGUAAGCACACAGGAGAAAAACCAUUCCAGUGCAAAUAUUGUGAGAAAUCGUUUUCACGGAGUGGAAGUCUAUUGGCUCAUGAGCGUUUUCACACAGGAGAAAAGCCAUUCCAAUGCCAAUAUUGUAAGAAAUCAUUUUCACAGAAGGGAUAUCUUUUGACUCAUGGACGUAUUCACACUGGAAAAAAACCAUUCCAGUGCAAAUAUUGUGAGAAAUCAUUUUCACAGAAGGGACAUCUAUUGACUCAUGGACGUAUUCACACUGGAGAAAAACCAUUCAAGUGCAAGUGUUGUGAGAAACAAUUUUCACAGAAUGGACAUCUAUUGACUCAUGAGCGUAUCCACACAGGAGAAAAGCCAUUCAAAUGCAAAUAUUGUGAGAAAUCAUUUUCAGAUAAGAGCAAUAUUUUGAAUCAUGAACGUGUUCACACUGGAGAAAAACGAUUCAGAUGUGUGCAAUGUGAGAAAUCAUUUGUAACUAAGCAAGUGCUUGUAAAACAUAUUCGUAAGCACACAGGAGAAAAACCAUUCCAGUGCAAAUAUUGUGAGAAAUCGUUUUCACGGAGUGAAAGUCUAUUGAAUCAUGAGCGUAUUCACACUGGAGAAAAACCGUUCAGAUGUGUACAAUGUGAGAAGUCAUUUUUCUCAAAGCAGGCUCUUCUCAGUCAUACUCAUCGUCAUGUUCAUGCAGGAGACGAACCAUUCCAACUCAGCUUCAACUGUAAAUAUUGUCAUAAAACCUUUAAGAGUGAGUCUGGCUUACGAAAACAUAAACGCAGCCACAAUGAUACUUCUCGUAACACUCGCAAGGUGUCUGAUGCAAGUCCCGGCAAGGAUAAACGGUUAAAGUCAAAAAGUGGCAAAGCUAUGAAAAGUUCUCGUUCAAGGUCUCGUUGUGAACAAACUGAUGUGGGAGAAGAUGCAGUAGUUUUAACUGGUCCUUCAAAUAACAAUAAUUCUCCAAAUGGACAAAACCCAGUCCCUGCAAGUUCUGCGACGAAUGAAUGUUUGAUCAGCAGAGAGCCUGUAUCAAAGUUGCCUGCUGCAGUCGGGUGUUCAGACAUGGAUAUCAAGGAUGCUGCUGCAAAAAUGACUGUUAUCAAUGGGAAUGAAACUGUUGGUCUGGGUACAGCCAAAAGUGAAGAUUAUCAAGUUUUGCGGCUGGGUGUGAAACGAGAUUUGAUUGAUCAUCAUUCUAAUCAGCUUGGAAAUGUUAAAAGUCAACUCAUUGACAUGUUUGCUGCCGACCAGUCUGAUGAAAGUGUUGAACCAGCCCUCACAUCUGCUACAGGGCAGUCCAGGGCUGAACUAGACAUACGUGCUGUUCAUGUUACAGAGGAGAGAAAUGUCAACAGUGGGGCCUUCAACCUGCCAUGUAACACAUCUCCUAUAGAACAGUCCAAUGUCAAAAGUGAGCCAUGUAACACAUCUCCUAUAGAACAGUCCAAUGUCAAAAGUGAGCCAUGUAACACAUCUCCUAUAGAACAGACCAAUGUCAAAAGUGAGCCAUGUAACACAUCUCCUAUAGAACAGUCCAAUGUCAAAAGUGAGCCAUGUAACACAUCUCCUAUAGAACAGUCCAAUGUCAAAAGUGAGCCAUGUAACACAUCUCCUAUAGAACAGUCCAAUGUCAAAAGUGAGCCAUGUAACACAUCUCCUAUAGAACAGUCCAAUGUCAAAAGUGAGCCAUGUAACACAUCUCCUAUAGAACAGACCAAUGUCAAAAGUGAACAGUGUGACAUGUCUCUUCAAGAGCAGGGUUAUAUCAUAGAGGUAGUGAGACCGUGUGAUAUGUUAGGUAACAUGUCUCCUUCUAAGCAGGCGAGUGUCAAAGGUGGGCCGUUUGACGCAUUUCCUAAAGAGGGGGCUAAUGUCAAAAGUGAGCCAGGUGACACAUCUCCUACAGAUCAGGUCAAUGUAAAAAGUAAGCAGUGUGACAUGUCUCUUCAAGAGCAGGGUUAUAUCAUAGAGGUAGUGAGACCGUGUGAUAUGUCAGGUAACAUGUCCCCUGUUAAGCAGGCAGAUGUCAAAGGUGAGCCGUUUGACGCAUUUCCUAAAGAGGGGGCCAAUGUCAAAAGUGAGCAAUGUGACUUGUCUCUUCAAGAGCAGGGAUAUAUCAUACAGGUAGUUGGACCAUGUGACAUAUAUCCUACAGAUCAGGCCAAUGGCAAAGGUGAACCAGGUAUUUACAGCGAACCAUGUGACAUUUCUCCUGUAGAGAUGGCCAAUAUUAAAAGUGGAACAAGUGCAACAUCUCCUGUAGGUCUGGGGGAUGACAUGUCUCAAGCAGGGCAUGUUAGGGUAGAGCAGGAAAACUCCAGUGGUGCACAUGUCGCUAUGUCCAAGAUUGAUGAAUACAUUGCAGUGUUUGAUCGCUGGGCAGAAAUGUUGUGUGAAAAUACAGAUUAGGUCAAUAGAAUAUAACUGUUGUAUUCUCCUGUUAAAUCAGUGAUCGAUGAUUCAAAAAGGCGACCAGUCUUAGUCUCAUGUGUAUGGAGGGCUCGGUUUCCUCUUUUUUUUGAGUUUUUAGCAAGUUCGAGUAUCCAUGGAAAUAGACCACGUGUUUAAUACAUUGUGUAA